AUGGCAACCGAUCCGGGUCCAAAACUAAUUGACGCAUUAAAAGAAAUAAAGAACAAAAUGUCGUAUAAAAAUGUAAUAUUACACAGUGGCAAAGUUCCUAAAAUAAAUUCUGCACAAUUUUACAAAAGCCUAGCUAAUAAUUUAAAAUCUCGAAUGAUGACUUCCAGUUCAUCAAAUGUCAGUCGUAAUGAAAAAAAUCGCCAAGACAAUGAAAAAACGUUUAAAAACUUACUUGAUAAUAUUGAAAAAUUGAAUCCAAAAAAUUGGCCACUUUCGAAUGAUGGUAAAAAUAUAUUUAAAUUUUUAAAAGGGCUGAAAAUAUAA